GGCCAGGGUGCUGCAAAUAAAAGAACGCUGCAAAUUAAAAAAACGCUGCAAAUAAAAAGAAACAGAAACGCCGUGCAAAUAAAAACGCCGCGAUGCAAAUAAAAAAGCCACAACGGAAGUGAAUUACCGGGGACUAUUAUUGCUGAUGCACAUGCGGUUUUUUAUGCGAGAGAAGAAGAAGUCUGGGGGAUCUCCAGGAAACAUCUCUUGGGUCAUAAUGUAUUGUCCUUUUUGUGGACAGCAGCAGGCUUCUAAAUCAGCCUUUUGCUGUUCAUGUGGCAAGGACAUCAAAUUCCUGUGUGAUGUUGAUAAAACAGGCACAAGUGGAGCAGAGGCUACAGGAAAAAGCACACUGGAGUUAUUUCGGACUUUCCGGAGUGUAAAAGAGAAGGAGAGACGAGCAGGUUUUAAGAAAAAAAAAAACACCAUCAAAAGACAACCUGAAGGUUGUGAAGAUUUCAGUAGGCCUUAUGAGGCUGAAAGAUGGUGUACUGAAGACUGUAAGAGGAACAGUACUUCCCCUUUUGAUGCGGACGAAUUGCAGAGAGCUGCUGAGCAAAAAAUGAAGACCUUCGACAGAAAUGUACAUGGCGGUCCCUACGUACUGCUCUACCCUGACGGUACAAAGAUAACUACUAUACCAGGAACAGAAGUACCCUUCACUCUAAACGAGUACAAAGAAGUAGUGGGGAAGGCCUACCAACGUAUCACACUGUACAUUUGUACAGCUGAAGAUUUCUUUACAUCUUCUCAGGAAACCAGCUCUGAAUCCAACUCAUCGGAUUCAGAGGUGAUCAUCAUGAGUCCAACUUCUGCAGAAUUCAAUGCAGAUGAUACAUUAGUAUGGGAACCUGCAGAUGGAGAGUCAGGCACUGAUUCAGCAGCUCCGAGGGCCCAGGAACAUCAGGAGGUGUGCUGGAAACUGCGUGCUAUAGAUUCAGAAUUCACCCUCAGUGGAGAUCCUUCAGGACUUGAUGAUACGGAACAGUGCCAUGUUGCAGACUGCUGGGUGCUUCAGACAUGUCAGGUCAUGUGAAGAAAAAAAAAAUGAUUGUAGAGGAUUACCUGAAGUGGUACAUAAUCCACAGGAACAACACUGCAAUCGAAAGAUUCAAGGCUGGACUUGAAAGUUUGCAGUUUCUGACAGCUCUGCAGCAGCAUCCGACGGUUCUGACCCCUGCUCUCUGUCAUGCCGAUAUGAAGCUGUCUGCUGCAGAGAUGGAAAAUCUGUUCCAGCCUGAAUUUAGUCAACAGGGAAGCAACAGAAGGGCUCAGGAAGAGAAAGCUAUGAGUUACUGGGCAGACUAUCUUCUCGAUUGUGAAGAAAAUGACAGCUCAGUGACCUUGGAGGAGGUGUUAAUGUUCGCUACAGGUGUGCCAUGUGUGCCUCCUGCUGGUAUGAGUCCUCUGCCACGCCUUCAAUUCCUAUGUUCUACAACGUCAACAUUCCCAAUGGCAAAUACCUGUGCCAACAUUUUAAAGCUUCCUCUUUUGGACACUUAUGGUGCCUUCAAAGCCAACAUGAACUUUGGCAUUAAUAAUUCCCCCGGCUUUGGGUGCCUUUAAACAAUUAAAUAACUUGUGGUAAAAGUUAAUGUUGCCACACACAGUCCGUUGUUUUAAUGUUGCGGUCUGUCCGACCAAAAUGUUGUGACGUAAGAGAGAUGUGAGUAUUUUUCAUGGCAGAUUUGUCCUAUUUCAUAUCUAACAUGUGAACAACACCACACAUUUGUAUUGUAUUGUUAUUGUAUUCUCGUUAGGUAGGUAAGGUAGACCGUGGUUAAAUCAAGAGUUCAGAACAUGUUAAGAUGUUUUACAAAUAUUUACAUAAACAGUAAAUAAAGACUGCAAAAGGCACCUUGUCGUGCAAAUGUGCCAAUUUUGUUUUGGCCAUUUGAUCAUGUUUUUACAUGGACUUUGUGAAAGAGUAAAGCUGAAUGACUCUUCAUUAAAUGGUUUAAAAGUG